AUAAGUACUCCACCCUCCCUCUCCCACUCUCCAAUCAACUCUCAUCUCUCAAUUAAUCUCUAGGGUACUCUGUUUCUUACUUAAAAUCUCUAAUUCUUGAAGAAAACCAAAACCCUAGAAAUAACCAUGGAGGCCAAAAUCCUCUACAUUGCCUUCAUCAUCAUCACAAUGUCGAUUGUUGAAGCCAGAAUUCCAGGAAUUUACUCUGGUGGUCAAUGGCAAACUGCCCACGCUACUUUCUACGGCGGAUCUGAUGCUUCCGGCACCAUGGGUGGAGCAUGUGGUUAUGGAAAUUUGUACAGUCAGGGCUACGGAGUGAACACGGCGGCAUUGAGCACUGCUUUGUUCAACAGUGGUCUGAGUUGUGGUGCAUGUUUUGAGAUAAAGUGUGCUAACGACAGAGAAUGGUGUCAUUCUGGAAGCCCUUCCAUUUUAAUUACUGCAACUAACUUUUGUCCUCCGAAUUUUGCUCUUCCUAAUGAUAAUGGCGGUUGGUGUAACCCUCCUCGUCCUCAUUUUGAUCUCGCCAUGCCUAUGUUUCUUAAGAUUGCUGAGUAUCGUGCCGGUAUCGUCCCCGUAGCGUAUCGCAGGGUGCCAUGUAGAAAGCGCGGGGGAAUAAGAUUCACGGUGAAUGGAUUCCGUUACUUUAACCUGGUGCUAAUUAGCAACGUGGCGGGUGCUGGAGAUAUCGUGCGCGCGUACGUGAAAGGAACCCGAACCGGGUGGAUGCCACUGAGCCGAAACUGGGGUCAGAACUGGCAAUCGAACGCGGUUUUGGUGGGCCAGGCUUUGUCUUUCCGUGUCUCGAGCAGUGACCGUAGAUCUUCCACUUCUUGGAACAUUGCUCCUCCUAAUUGGCAAUUUGGUCAAACUUUCGCCGGAAAGAAUUUUAGAGUCUAGUAACACUUUUAAGAUAUUUCAUCUGAUCACUAUUAUAAGUCUAUCAGAUACAUCGGUUAUUCAACAAAUUAAAAAAAUAAUUUUUUUUAUUUUAUAAUAGUGAUCAGAGAGAAUAUUUUUUACUGUUUUUAGUUGUUUUGUUUACUAUAUGCAUGGUGAAUGAGAUGGAGAUAGAGAGAGAAUGACAAUUUAAUUGUGACUAGGUGUUGAUUUGUCUUUCUUGUUAUUGGUAGGGUUUGAUAUGAUAACUAUAUUAAUAUAAUGAAGGUGCAAGAGUAAGAUUGUACUUUGAAUUUGUAUGCUAUUAGUACUAGAGAGGUUAACAGGAAGUGAAAAGGGAAAGGGAAAGGGAAAGCGAAAGCUGAAAGGGUGAAAGGAAGUGUAGGAAAUGCUGAAGUGGUUAAUAAAAAUAGUAACCCGCAGCUAAUUUGUAUUUUUAUAUACAAUGAUCAUGAUAAUGAUGGUGUAAUAUAUAAGAUAUAUUGCCAUUUGCUUAUAA